GUUUAAUCACCUUGUUAGCAACUGCUUUGAGCUGCUGUCCCACGGCCCGUGGGGAGGGGAAGGGGGGCGUGAAACCGUGACCGUCACACGCGUUCAGCGAAACACGCACAACGCACGCCGGUUCUGCCGCCUUACGCGAACCCGCUGCCGUCCGCCGGAGCACCCUCAGAGCCUGUGGGAGCCCCGGGGCGGGGCAGCGAGACGCGCCGGGAGAGGCCCGGCCCCUGAGGGGUUAACGGCGGCAAGAUGGCGGCGCGGCGGCCCGCCCUUCUCCGCCCCCCGCGCGCGGGGCAGUGGCGCGCGGCCGGGCCCGCGGCUGUCGCGCGGUGAUGAGUCACCGGCAGGCGCGCGGCGCGGGGGCGGCGGGCGCGCAGCGGGCCGCGAACAUGGCCGGCGUUGCCGACGCCGCCGCCGCGCCGGGCACCGGCGGGGACGGGCGGCAGGACGGCGGCCGCGACGGGCGGCAGGACAGCGGCCGCGGGGAGCCGAAAACUCUCUGGGGGAGCAGCGAGCCGCGGCCGCCCGCCGCCGGCUCGGGACAGCCGUCCCCGCAGCAGCGAACGGAGACGUUGGGCUUCUACGAGAGCGACCGGGGCAGGAAGAAGAAGCGGAGCCUCUCGGAUCUUUCCUUGCUGAGAUUCAUCAGUGCUGAGCUAACAAGAGGUUAUUUCCUUGAACACAAUGAAGCAAAAUACACAGAGCGGCGAGAGAGAGUGUACACAUGCAUGAGGAUACCAAAAGAACUGGAAAAGUUGAUGUUUUUUGGAAUCUUUUUGUGCCUGGAUGCUUUUCUGUAUGUGUUCACCCUGCUUCCUUUGAGAGUUUUUCUGGCAAUGUUCCGGUUCAUCACUUUGCCUUGCUAUGGCUUACGCUCUCUUCGGGGCCUAACAGCAAGUGACAGGCGUUUGCUACAACCUGCUCAGGUAUGUGACAUGCUCAAAGGAAUUAUAUUGGUCAUCUGCUACUUCAUGAUGCACUAUGUUGACUACUCUAUGAUGUACCAUCUGAUAAGGGGACAGUCUGUCAUAAAGCUCUACAUCAUCUAUAACAUGCUUGAGGUGGCUGAUCGUCUGAUUUCUUCAUUUGGACAAGAUAUUUUGGAUGCUCUUUAUUGGACAGCUACAGAGCCUAAGGAAAGAAAAAGAGCUCACAUAGGUGUGAUUCCUCACUUCUUCAUGGCAGUGCUGUAUGUCUUCCUGCAUGCUAUUCUUAUAAUGGUUCAAGCAACAACCCUUAAUGUGGCCUUCAACUCUCACAAUAAAUCACUGCUCACCAUCAUGAUGUCCAAUAAUUUUGUCGAAAUAAAAGGAAGUGUUUUCAAGAAGUUUGAGAAGAACAAUCUUUUUCAAAUGUCAAACAGUGAUAUAAAGGAGAGGUUUACCAAUUACGUGCUGCUACUAAUUGUAUGUCUAAGGAAUAUGGAACAGUUUUCAUGGAAUCCAGAUCACCUUUGGGUGUUAUUCCCAGAUGUUUGCAUGGUGGUUGCUUCAGAAAUUGCAGUGGAUAUUGUGAAACAUGCCUUUAUAACAAAAUUCAAUGACAUCACGGCAGAUGUCUACAGUGAAUACAGAGCCAGUCUUGCAUUUGACCUUGUUAGCAGUCGACAGAAAAAUGCAUAUACAGAUUAUAGUGAUUCAGUCUCCAGAAGAAUGGGUUUCAUUCCUCUUCCACUGGCUGUUUUACUCAUCAGAGUGGUAACAAGCUCAAUAAAAGUCCAAGGAGUCUUAGCGUAUGUUUGUGUUGUGCUGUUCUACUGUGGGUUAAUCUCUCUCAAAGUCCUUAACAGCAUUGUAUUGCUGGGGAAAUCAUGUCAAUAUGUAAAGGAAGCAAAAAUGGAGGAGAAAUUAUUCAAUCCUAUCCUGACUGCCACCCCAGGGAAGCCAGCUGGCAAACAGCAAGGCACAUUUAAAUCUACCCAAGGAAUUUCCACAGAUGAAAACGGUUCUACAUCAGUUACCAAUCAACCAGUGCAUCAGAAGGAGAAUAUGCCAUCUUUACUUGUAACAAGCAAUUCUGAUCAAUUUCUGACAACUCCUGAUGGAGAAGAAAAGGAUAUAAGCCAAGACAGUUCAGAAUUAAAACACAGGUCUGCAAAGAAAGACUUGUUGGAGAUAGACAGGUUUACUAUUUGUGGAAACAGAAUUGACUAAGAAUUUAUUUUUUUUUUAAUCAAUGUGCUAAGGAUACUGAGCUGUUGGGACAGCAGAUGCUACCAGAAUGGACAGUUGCCAAAAGGCACAUAAAUAUUUAUUUAAAAACUUAAAUUAUUAAUGGCAAAAAAAUUAUUAAUUUCUUUCUACAAGUAACUUGGCUUGGUAUCUGGUCAGGUCAAGUAAGUGAUCUCUAACUUGCCUCUUGGAAAAUGUGGUGGAUCGUGAGUCUCUAGCCAGGUGGCAGAGCUGCAGUAUCACUUUUCUGGAGACAGACUGGAAAAAGCAAAGCCCUGUUCUGCGUUAUGAAACCACGCUUCCAGAACACUGUUGUUCAUGAAGGUUCCUCCAGGGUAAGGAUGUUCCUGGGAGUGUGUGCCGACUUGACCGGAAGCUUGCCUACCCAGUAUCCGUGUUUCAUUAAACAUCUGCCAGCAGAAUUCAAAACUUGUGCUUAUAUCAACAAACACAUAAAGCAUUGGUACAUGAAACAGUAAGUCAAGAUAGUUAUUCUUGUCAACAAAAAUCUUUUCAAGAUGUAUCUUGAAAAUCUUAUAAUCAGAAUAAAAUUUUGCCUUUAAGUGAAAGACUUACUGCUUAGUAUUUUAUCUGAAUACUAAACACCAAGGAAAGAUCACAGUAAUGAAGGUUCUGCUUAACUGGGCAAAUAUGAAGCAUAUUCAUUUCAUGUGUUGUGUGUCCUGCAAGGCAAAUAAUUCAGAAUUUUUUUUUUUUAAACCUGAGGAUUUUUUGUUGCUGUAGGACAAACUAUUAAAGGGGCACUUCUAAUGUUAAGGAAUGGCAGUGUUAAUUGCAGCAAACAAGUGUUGUGUUGGAACUGUAUGUAUGACAUUAACACAGCAGUAAAGAACAUUGCACUGCAUUUUGCAUUUAACUCUUAGAAGAAUGACAUCUGUGUAUUAACUUGCCUGAGAACAUGCCUAUAAAAGCUCACACUGACAAUCAAAUCAUAAUUGUCCAUUUAAUGUAAUUGAUUGGUUGUAGUCAAACUUAGAUCUAUAAAGAGCAUUUAAGAAUUACAAUGCAUCUUAAUUUCUGGUGUGAGAUGCAGAGUUGAGAGGGAUGAAAAAAGAAGUUUUGGAAUCCUCAGACCAAGAAUGGAUUAAAUUUGAGCUCAAAACAUAGGCUGGAGAGUUUUAUCAGAAGAGACCCUUUAGUUGAGGAUAAAUUCUUCCUAUGUUGUAAAAACACAUCAUUAGCUUCCAAAAUGCCUUUCAGACAUUCAAGUAAGCACCGAUUUUACUUUCCAAGGGAAGGUAUUAUAAAAGUACUUCAGUGCUGAACAAAUGAAGACAAUUUGCUCUAUGCUGAUUUCAUAGUUUGUCGGAAUGGGAAAGCCAAAGUUUAUUUGCUGUAUGAACAUGUGAAAGUAAAUGUAUGUGCUAAUCCCUGAAACUUGCAGGACUACAGUAAUAUAGCAGAUGGAGGCAGUUGGACAGAGUUACGUGUCUGAGCAGACUUGGUAUUGAGAGAACUCUGCUGUACAGUUUAGGGUUGUCUGCUCUGGUGGGAACUCCUUGCUGCAGUCUUGCAGCCUCUCCUCUCCCAUAAGAGCAGUGGGAGUAAUGGCCAAAAUCUGUGGUUAUGUUCAGGGAUGAAAGUAAAAAGAAGAGGACUUGUGCUGUGGAAAAAAUUGAAAAUCUUUAAUUUUUGAUGUAUUUUAUACUAAUUGGAGAUGUUCACACAUUGAAAUUAAGAUUAUCUGUCAGUUUGGUGUAUCUUAUUUUAUAAUUAUUUAGCAGUUGCUAAAGAAAGCUUGAAAUUGCUUUCAUUUUUUUUCUGUUGAAUGACAUUCUGUAUCAAUUUUAUAAGUGCAUCUUGUGUGAAACUCAAUAAAAUUCAAUUUUGUAAUAUUUGUUUAAAAAAGGAAAA